UGCAAAAUGGCCACUCUGGACUUCUCUGGAGUUCGUAAGGAUAUUGAUAUUCGGUCGACAUUUAACCCGCUAUCGUAGAGAAUGCGCGCAGAUUUAGAAACUGAUGUGCGCGUAGAAUCCACCCUCUAGCAGUUUGCUGUCUUAUCGAACGGAACCUAAAAAUGGCAGACAUUUUUCGCUCUGCAUUGAACUACAUUAGCCAAACAGGGAAGUCGGACAAUGACUUCGUGGGGCAGUAUGUUGAGUUAGGACCUGUACAACUCAGGGUGCGACGAGUUAUCGCAGAGGGAGGGUACGGAUUUGUUUUCGUCGCCCAGGACACGUCAACCGGUAAAGAAUAUGCACUUAAGCGACUCAUGGCAGGUGAUGAUGCAGCCAAAAAAUCUAUACUGAAUGAAAUAACCAUCCUUAAACGUCUCCGAGGACAUCCAAACAUAGUGCAGUUUUAUUCCGCAGCAUCUCUGAGUGAAAAAGAAACUGAACAUGGAAUGUCUGAAUUUCUCAUCCUAACUGAGCUCUGCAGUGGAGGAGAGCUGGUCAAGCUGUUACAGGAGAGGUGUGGACAGCCAUAUCCACCAGACCAGGUUUUGAAGAUGUUCUAUCAAAUCUGCCGAGCAGUUGCUCACAUGCACAAACAGAACCCACCUGUUAUACACAGAGACUUGAAGGUUGAAAAUCUUCUCAUCAGUGCAAAGGGCCAAAUCAAACUUUGUGAUUUUGGAAGCUCAACUACUCAGCAACAAAUGCCUGAUGAGUCUUGGACAGCACUCCGGCGUAGUCUUGUUGAAGAUGAGCUUCAACGGAACACAACUCCCAUGUACCGUGCACCAGAAAUGAUUGAUCUGUACAGUAAUAUGCCAAUCACUGAAAAAGGUGAUACUUGGGCCCUCGGUUGUAUUCUGUUCUUCUUGUGUUUUAUGGAACACCCAUUUGAAGACUCAGCCAAGCUGAGAAUAUUGAAUGCAAAAUACACCAUCCCAGAGAAUGACACUAAAUACACAGUAUUCCAUGAUCUUAUUAGAUACAUGCUUCAAGUGAACCCAGCUGACAGACCAGACAUAAAGGAAGUUCUUACAGGUCUUGAAGCCAUUGCAAUUGCAAUGGAUGUUGAUCUUAAGGGUAAAGUGAGAGAUGAUCUCCCACAAUCUUCUACAGAACGAUCUUCUCAAGUUAUUGCAAGUGGUCCCCCUGUGCCACCAUCUUCUUCAUCAGGAAAUUCAGCAAUACUUGGUGGAGUAGUGAAAGGCGCCAACAGUUUUUUCAGUAACAGUAAGGAUAUGUCCAACAAGGUUAUGCAAUCUGUUGCAGGAUAUGUCAAGAAUGAUAUUGACUUGUCUUACAUAACAUCUAGAAUCAUGGUAAUGUCUUUCCCAGCAGAUGGGAUUGAGUCAACUUACAAAAACAAUAUAGAUGAUGUAAGAGAUUUCCUAGACACAAAAUACCCUGAGAAUUACUUGAUUGUCAAUGUAUCACCCAGAACAUACAGAACAGAGAAGCUCGGAGAUAGGGUGAUAAACUGCUGCCUAGUGGGUCACAGGCUGCCUCCUUUAGAGAAGUUGCUAUCCCUGUGUAGGAAAAUCAAUUCUUGGUUAAGGACUGACAGGAAGCAUGUGGUAGUCAUUCACUGUCAGGAUGGCAAAGAAGCAUCAAGUGUUAUUGUUGCUGCUUUUUUUGUCUUCUGUAAAUUGUUCAAAAAUCCAAAUGGAGCGGCAGACAUGUUCAGCAUUCGCCGCUGUGGUAUUGGACACAAAGUUUCACUCACUGCUUCACAGGAACGCUAUUUACUCUACAUCACUCAACUGAUUAAUAACCAAGAAUUGAAACCUCACAAGUACUCGGUUUAUAUCAAGUCUGUAACAAUUCAUCCAGUGCCAGCCUUCAACAAAGCCAGGAAUGGCUGUCGUCCAUUUAUUGAGGUGUACAAUGGAGAACAGAGAAUCCUUACCACAGUGCAAGAGAUUGAAAAAAUGAGGGAGUACGGUCUUGGUGACGGAAAGGUGUCAUUUCCUGUGAACCUCACAUUGCAAGGUGAUGUAACUGUUGUAGUGUACCAUGGCCGAUCUACACUUGGAGGAAAAGUUCAAGGGAAAAUGACUUCCAUGAGAGUCUUCAUGCUUCAAUUCCACACUGGAUUUAUCAAGACCUCUGCACAGAAACUUAAGUACUCACGAGAUGAAGUGGACAUCAACAAGGAUGAUGAAAACAAGUUUACUUCAAAUUUUACUGUCACACUUGACAUCACUGUUGAUGCAGAGGAAGCAAGCAGUUUGCCAACUCACACAUGGGAAACACUCAAAGUGGAGAAACUGUUCCCUCAAGUUUGUUUCUCUACUAAGGAAGAAUAUCUAGAAUGUCAAGAGGAGUUUGUAAAUGCAGAUGACCGAGAAUCAAACAUGGUUUUCAGUUCAAACUCAAAUGAAAUAGAAGAAGAUGAUAGCAAUGAGGAACUCCAAGUUCCUUCUGAUGAUGAUGGUGCAACAGGCAAUAAGCCAAACAUAAACUUCCUGUCAUCAAUUAACUGGACUACAGAAGGUGUGGAAACCAAAAGCAGUGAUGAGGAGUUUGAAAACCUGCGUGACAAGGAUCUCGACAAUACUACUCAACAAGUACACCAGAAUCAUGAUUUCUUCUCUCAAAGGGAAGGUGUUAGGGAUGACAUGGAUGACAAUUUAGACUUGUUUAAUUUAAAAUCACUAUCUAGUGAUGAAUUCAAUGAAGACUUGCUUAAUUUCAAGACUUCAGGUGAACCAAAUGGUCAUCUGUUUAAUUUGGAUGAUUUAGAUUCAGAUUCAGAUUCUGACGAUCCCUUUAACAAUGUAGAUUUGCUGAAUUUAGGCAAUGGUCAACAGAAUCAGGGUGUUUCUUCACAGCCAACUUCUCAUAUCUCAGUUGUGGACGACAUGGGAGUUGAUCUGUUGAAUUUAUCACCAGCAGGAAGUAAGGAUAGUCAAAAUGUGGAUCUUGUCAGUGGAACAGAAAAAAGCCCCCAUCGAAAAAUGAAACGGAAUAAAAGUGCCGAUGAUGUUCUCAGUCCUGGACUGCAUGAAGAUGAUGAGUUUUUUAAUCAGAUGGGAAGUCGUAGCUCCAGCUCAAGCAGGGAAAAUGUCACUUCAUUCAUUGUUGCUGGUGCAGAUUCUGCUACAUUUGAUCCCUUUCAGACUACAAGGACUAAAUCUCCUGAUCUGCCCACAGGGGGCAGUGGUAGUGAGCCAGCAUCCCCAGACUUAUUUGACCCAUUCAGCUCUGAAAGUCCAAGUACAAAGCUUUCUGACAAGUUUGAUCUUUUUGGUGCGGAGCCAGGUCAGAGCAACAGCAGUGCAGAAACAUUUCCACCUUUCAGCACAAAGAACAAUGGAUCAAACCUGAAUUCAUUCGAUCCGUUUGGAAAGACCUCAGCAGAGCAAGACCUCUUUGGAAUUGGUGGAUCUCAGGUUCCCACGGCAUCUGUUCAGGCUCCAACACAGAGUGAUACGGAUCUGUUUGGAGACUGGGGUGACUCCUCAUCAGAAACUCUUCAACCAUCUAAAGUUCCAUCACCAAAUCCUCAAAAAAAGCCAACUAGCCCAGCACCACAGAACAAACCAAGUGAUCCUUUCUCAGACUUUGGAAAUUUAACAUCAAAUUUACCAAAGUUUCCCUCUGCUCAAACCUUUAAACCAAGUACAUCAACUUCACCCAAACCACAGAGGAAACCAGGGCCCUCCACUAGUGCCAAUCCUUCUUGGUCUCGUCCAGCCCAACAACCAUCCUGGCAGCCUGGGGCUAAACUAAGUAGCUCAGCAAAGGUUCCACAAAAACCAAACUAUGCACCCUCCUACAGUAUGUCUGGUUCUUCUGGGGUAUUUGGAAACUAUGGACAAAAAUGGAGUGCACCCAAACCAGUUGGCCAAAAUGAAUUUAGUGACAUUCUAAAUGCACAAGGUUUUAAUCGCCCAGCUGCACAAGGGGCACAAACUCUAAGCUCCCUGAAAAAGGAACAAAACAAACCUGAUGACCCUAUCAAAGCUAAGGUCAAUGAGUGGUCUGAAGGUAAAAGAGGCAAUAUCCGAGCCUUACUAUGUUCACUCCACCUUAUCCUGUGGGAAGGAGAAGACAGAUGGAAACCAUGUGGCAUGCACAAUCUUGUUCAACCUGAACAGGUGAAAAAAUGGUACAGAAAAGCUGUACUGUCAGUACACCCUGACAAGCUAACUGGAAGCCCAGAAGAGCCAUUAGCACGUGCAAUUUUUAUGGAAUUAAAUGAUGCCUGGGCAAUAUUUGAAAAGGAAGGAUCCAAACCACUAUUGUAAAGGAAAAUGUUAAAACAUAUGAUGUGAUGGUCAGGUGAAAAGACUUUCUUUCAGAGAGAUACAGAGAAAAAGAGACAAAUGAAUGGAACUGGCAAAAAGUGAGAGAUGAAGAGAAAAAUGAAGGGGGGCUAUCCAAACAACUCCCCUCCUUCUCCAUUUCUCCUCACCUUGGCUUGUUUGCCUUUUUACCUCACUGCUGUUUUCAUUUGCUGCCAAUUGCAAGACUGAAAUGAGACAGUGUAAUCUGCAUAGAAUAAUUACUAGGAAUUAUUACCUCCCCGUAUAUCUCCCAGUUAGUUUUGUGGGCUAUGAUUGAUCAAUUUAGUGAAUGGGAAUUGUAAUGUACAGCCCUCUCAAUCCUCAAUUCAAGAGUUUUCUUGAAUUGAAACCUCCCCCCCAUCUACUUGAACUCAGAGAUAAACAAUUUUUUCUAACCUCAUUUUCUCCUUCCAUACUGUAACUUAUGAAACCUAAGCUUGUUUUUCCACUCGACCCAGAACUUACAGUAAAGACCUCAAACUUGUUCAGUAAGAAGCAUUAAUUUUAAAUUGAUGGGAAUAUAUACACUCAUUUGUAGAUGCUACAAGUUGAUGUACAUGUACAUACAUUAUUUCUUAAGAGAACUAUUGAAACCAUUUCUCACAGUUGUACUUCAUUUCAGAUCUCCCCCUCCCCCCCCCCAUCCCAUCCCUGAUAUCCUUAGAACAAAACAUAUUAAUUUUAUUGUCAAAGAUGCCUCCAAUAACGACAUCAAUUGACUACAACUACCUUGAUUCAUUUCGCAUUUCCUUUAAGAUAUUAAUUUAUCUAUCCCAAGGAGGGGUUUUCAAUGAGGAAACUAAAGGAUUCUGGUAAUUGUGGUCAAAUUACAAUUUUCAGAAAAUUUUUUACAAAUGCUAAUUUAAUUGCCUUCUGUCUUAACAAAUUGUGUUGUUGGAUUAGAUGCAUAUAUUACAGAGUUGACUUAAAGGGGUAUUAUUUUUUAUUACUUCAUGAUGAGAAAAAAUUAAGCCUUUAUUAUUUUGUUUCAUUAGCAAAUUAUUUUGUUUCAUUCAUGAGGCUACCACAUGUAAGUAGUGAUGUGUGAAAUUUUGUGUAGUGAAAUAUGUAGUGUCCAGGCCUCCAAGCCCAUGCCCAAGGCCUCAGGAGACAUAGACUCGAAUACUUAUUAUGCACUGAGUGAGAAAAUUUAGGAUAACAAAAUACACAAACUGUAAGCGAACUGUGUAAGCGAACUCCUGAACAUUACAAAAUAUUAAUCUUAAAAAAUAAUUCCUUGUCGUCAAGUUACUAAUGAGGAAUUAAUAAUAACUUGUGGUCAUUUGCCUUUAAUGUCAUAACUCAUUGUUUUUAGUAGCUCUGUUAUUCCUGAUGUUGGUUUUGAGGGGGUAACUUGGUUAAAACAGUUGGUGAGAGGUGUAUCUCUUCUAAGUCUGCAGAGUUGACAAACUUUGUAUUUAAAAUUGUCACUUGCUAUGGUGGGUUGGUCAAUUUUAAAUGAAGGGGGGUACAAGGUACUAUAAUGGGCCUUUAGAGGAAGCUUACCUGUAAAAGAAUGCAGUGGAUGUACCUCCACCUUUAGUUCAUUGGAAUUGCUUGGUAAUAGAUGUCAAAAUAAUCCACUUGUUAUAGAUAAUAUUUGAGUAACAGCUGGUUGUGCUACAUUUUGAGUUUGCUAAGUUGAAGUCUGGUAUGUUUAAGGCUGCUAGUCAGUAAACCCAGUAAACCAGUGUAAAUCAAAUGUAAGUUGUCAAACCAGGUGGUAUACCAUAAUUGAAAAAUCUGAGAAAUGGACCACCAUCCAUUAAACAUAUGGCUUUCACUUAAA